UGCUUUUACAUCUCGGCAGUCCGCAAUCAGCACUCAGUAGUGAGCAGUGUUAAGCGUCAAGUGAGCGUGGUGAGAUGCGGUGACGGUCAAUAGAAAGUAGAUAGCUAUUUUGUGUUUAUGAAAUUCAGAACAAAAUGUUGCGGUUCCUGCUUCUUUUGACAUUUACAGUAAUCGUCCAGGCGGAUGAGCCCUCCCCUUCCCUUGCAGGGGAAACUAAGGCCCUCCCGGCUUCCGGCGACAAUCACACCGACCCAGAAGAGCCGCCAGAAGGAUAUUACGCCUUCGUCGAGUCGCCAAACGCAACGCCACCGAGGGUCCGCCCCCCACCGUACCGCCAGGUGGCAUCGGAAUGUCCCGAAGCGGGCGAGUCCAAGGCCCACGUUAGCGCUAACAACCUUUGCGGAGACCUCAACCGGGGAGUUAUACCUCGUAACCCCAUGGGCCAGAGCCCCAACGGUGAACCAUAUCCUUUUGAGCUGAUUCGCAACCAUACUCUGCGCUACUUGUCCCGAACGCUGCCCGUGCUGCGCGCAGACGACGCUCUGCCCCGCGUCGCUCACCUGUCCGCUGCCGCUCCCGCCCCUGCCCCCGCCGACACCGCUACUUACGGAGCGCCCUUGCCGCACGCCCUUCCCGAUGUACAGCACAACAGAUUGGAAGAGAGAGGACGGGCGGCUCGGUCGCGGGAAGAUCCUUGGGAAACGCCGGACAGCGAACUGGAAAUGGAACACCGAGCGGACACUCCUCGCGAGAGCCGCAAGUUCUGCGACGGCGGUGGUGUGUUCUGUAUGUUGUAUCGGGCUAUUAAUGGAGACUCUGCUGGACCUGAACGUAGGGAAGACCCUGGAGUCGCGCCGCAAGCUCCGCACGGACCUCACAGAUAUGAGGGUCCCCCCACACCGUGUCCUGCGCGUGUAGAAUAUGCCACUCCCGUAUUCGCUCGGAAUUACCAGGGUGUGUGGCGGUAUGUGGUACAGAUACCCUAUGAGGGAUACUUUACACAAACCGUUGAAGUCACGCGUUGCAUGCAGUCUCGAUGCCAUUACUUAGAGGGCGGAUGUCUGAGUUCGCCGCGCUGGGUGUCGCUGCUCGUCGCCGAAAUGCAUUAUCCGUCGACGCCGCAACAGCCGGAUUACCAGCAGUUCGGGACACAAACGGGGGAGGUGACGACCGAGAAGCCCAUGCACUGUGAUGGACAUGACGAACUGGGAUGUUAUCAGGUGCGGUUGUACUACGAUUGGUUCUUAGUGCCGGGCUCUUGCAAAUGCUGGCGUCCUGACUACUUCGCGCGGUACGUCCGGCGUAGGCACAACGAAUUGUAAUUUAUUACUGGAUAGAGACUGCAGCAAUGUUUAAAGGGAUACCUAUUCUUCUGAAGCUAUCGCCGGGAUUUAUUAAAUGACUGAUUGUGACUAUAAUUUAAAGGCUAUAUUAUUUUAUUAAGCGACGAAAAUUGUUACAUGGAGUAUUAAUUUAAUCAAGAAUUCAUAUUAUCAUUCAUCAUAAAUACCAUAACUUCUUUAACCGUGAUUGUAAUGUUUGCUAACUGUAGGUAUCCAAUGUACAUACCCUAUAAUGUAAAGUUGUAGGUAGCUAUUUGGUGCUAGGCAUAUACUAAGACUGUUGUAGUACUAGAAUAUUAACCACGUGUAAUUUAUAUUAAUAUUGUUAGGAUUAGCCCAUAAGAACCUCAAUGUUUACAUAUGUAUAGAUGUCUAAAAUGGAUGUUAAUAGAUUUAUGGAGUUUUUCACACAUAACUCUACAAAAUGCCGUCCUAUAAUAAAAUUAGGGUGCAUUUCGAUCUCUGUGAAAAAAAAAGAAUUAAUCGAAUUCAAAGACAUUUUGUUAAAAAUGUAAGUAAUUAACACAUAGCUCAAUGUGCAUUUAUUAAUAUUGUUAAGUGUUAAUUAAUAAGUACAUACAACUAAAUCUUUGAUCUGAAAGCAUAUUAAACUUUUUUACAAACA